UGAGCGGCGGACAGUUGGACCGUUGUGACUGCGGGUCUUUGUGCCUUUUAAUGAACUAAUCAUGUCUAAUUAAUGAUUUUAAUCGGUGAUUUGGACAAAAGAGAUUUAAAGCAAGUGAAUCCCGGAGAGACGCCGGUUGUCGCUGCGCUGUGAGUAAUGGAGGCUCUGAGUAAGUGGACCCCGCAACAAGUGGUGGACUGGCUGAGAGGACUGGACGACAGCCUGCAGCAGUACAUCCCGUCUUUCCAGCGGCAGCAGGUGGACGGGGAGAAGCUGCUCAGGAUGUCCCACCAGGAGCUGCUGUCUCUGGGCGUGUCCCGGGUCGGACAUCAGGAGCUGGUGCUGGAGGCCGUGGAUCUGCUCUGCGCUCUGAACUACGGCGUGGAGUCCGAUAACCUGAAGACUCUGGUGGGGAAGAUGAGAGCGGCACACCACAACCUGAGCGCCGCUGUGUCGCAGCGACGGAAAAACCCCGCCUACCACAACAAAAACUCCCAUCAGCCCUCCAACGAAUUCCUGACCGCCGUGGUCGAGCUGAUUGGAGCCGCCAAGAGUCUGCUGGCCUGGCUGGACAGGACUCCUCUGACGAGCGCCAACGACUUCACUUCCACUAAAAGCAGAAUCAUCCAGCUCUGUCUGGAGCUCACCUCCACCGUCCAGAAGGACUGUACAGUUUAUGAGAUGGAGGAGAAGAUUCUGGAAGUGUCACGAGCUCUAAAUGGCAUCUGUGAGAAGACGGUCCAGGUGACCUCUGACCCCUCAAAGAGCGAGAUGGCCUGUCUGGAGGAGGUUCACAUCACCAACAUCAAGCCCGGGGAGGGACUGGGAAUUUACAUCAAAUCCACCUACGACGGGCUUCACGUCAUCACAGGAACAACAGAGAACUCUCCUGCAGAUAAAACCCAGAGAAUUCACGCUGGAGACGAAGUGGUUCAGGUCAACAAACAGACAGUGGUGGGCUGGCAGCUGAAGCACCUGGUGGAGAAGUUGAGGGCGGAGACUGGAAGUGUUGUCCUGGUGGUGAAGAAGAGGCCGUGUGGAGUCUCUGGUGGCUUUGCACCUGCUCCUCUGAAAAACCUGCGCUGGAGGCCGCCGCUCGUACAGACCUCUCAGGGAGCUCCAGGUCUCUUCAGAUCUCAACAGCCAGAAACCUCAGAGGCUCCUGGGAAGAGAACGGGAAGAAGAGGCAUCUUGGAAUUGUACAUCCCUCCUCCCCCUCCCGUACCGUACGUUCCACUAGAUGGGAACAUGAAUGUGUCUCCAGGUGUGAAACUCAGGCCAAAGUCUCCAAACUCGUGUCUGGACUCAGACGUGCGGCGGCGCUUCACAGUUGCAGACGACAACAGGACGUCUGUCAGCCCCCCACAUGAACUCAACCAGCCAAUCCCUGUCCGCCUUCGACAGCGUUCCUCUACACGCACUAAACCUCGACCCGUCUCCAUGCCGGUGGAGUCGUUGUCCGGCGUGUCUGACCCGUCCUCCAGGCCCAGAGCUCAGGGAAGGAAAGGGCAGGACAUUCUUCACAGAUACCUGAGUAACGAGGGGAUCAGCACCAUCACGGAGGAGGAGCCAUGUUUCCCUCUGCCGUACCGUGGACACCCAUCUGUUCGCGGCGUCGACCACAUCAGAGGCAGCCAGUGCUUCAUCAGCUCCGACCUGCACAACAGCGCCACCAUCCCAUACCAGGAAGCAGCCUCCAAAAAGUCUUCUUCCUCCACCUCUGCUGCUGUUUCUCCUCCUCAGGCGGCGACUAAACAGUCGACUUCGCUGCUCGGCGGCUGGCUGGCUCGUCUCAGGCUGCUCAGCCACUGGUCGUCUGCAGCCAUGAGUCGGCGGCGUGUUUCGGUCAAAGAUCUGGGUGUGGUGGACUGCCAGGGCUGGCUUCACCGCAGGAAGGAAGGCCGCAGCUUCCUGGGAAGCAAAUGGAAGAAAUACUGGUUUGUUCUGAAGAAGAACUCUCUGUACUGGUACGCCGACAAGAUGGCUGAGAAAGCAGAAGGAUUCGUCAACUUGUCCGGCUUCACCAUCGAACAGGCCAAACAGUGCAGGAAGAAACAUUCCAUUACAGCCACUCAUCCAGAGAUUGUGACCAUUUUUAUUGCGGCAGAGAGCUUCACAGAGAUUAACAAGUGGAUCAGUAAACUGUCGGAAGCAGCCGAGCUGUGUGAAGUGGUCGACGCUAAAGAGUGCUACAGUGAGGGCAGUGAUCAGGAGGUUGAAGAGUGUGUGUCCACCUGUUCUCAGGACUCUGAACAGGAAACGGCAGAAUCAGAAAACGGAGAGCUCCUUCAGACUCCCUGUAAGCCUCCAUCCUCCACCCCUCCCUCUACAGUAACACCUGACGGCACAGGUGGAAGCUGCUCGGAGGGAGGAGCCCUGAACGCAGACAGAGGAGGAGCGGGCUCGGAGAGCGGUGAGCGCCUCCCCAGGCCCGACGGAGCCGGUGGAGCAGCGUCCCUCCCUCUGAUCCACGUCGGAGAGAAAUCAGAAGAGGAGGCCGUCCAUGAGAAGCCGCCUGAUGAGAUGGAGACUCUCUACAACCACCUGAAGACGGCCAGCUUGUCUCCGAUGGGACAGUCCAGCCAGAGGGACUUCAGAGCGUCGUUCAUCCGACGAUGUAAAAACGACAAGGUCAACGAGAAGCUUCACGUGCUCAGGAUCCUCAGGAGCACGUUAAAGGCCAAAGAGCUGGAGCUGACGGCGGUGGAGCAGAUCCUUACCGACCCGGCUCUCACUGCGACCGCAUACAGACAGUGGAGACUCUCCAACCUCAUCCUGCUGCAGGAGAUGAGUACGGCAGCAGGGGGCGCUGCACAGCUCACACCUGCUGAGCAGCUGAGCGGCUGACAGGUCCACACCAAGGAGGAUAAACGUGAUAAACAUCGUUUUACACUGGUGGUUUAAAAAAAACAUCUGAACACUGAAGCGCCAGAAUUCUUCUGGAUCUCAUUAGAUCACCUGAGACCAAGCGAAGGUGCAGAACAUGUUGUAGGUAACUUUUUAAAUC